AUGACUCUAUACUACAGUCUUGUAUUCUGCCUCUUGGUGUUUGAGAUGGGUGUCUUCAUGGGCCUCAUCAUUCCUCUGCCGUUCACCGUUAAGCGGAAGUUGUUUGCUUUCGUCUCGGAGAGCCCGGUUGUUGCGAAGCUUCAGUACGGUUUGAAGAUCACCUUCAUCUUCAUCUUGAUCCUCUUCAUCGACAGUGUCAACCGGGUUUACCGUGUGCAGCUCGAGCUCCGCGCUUUCCAUAAGGAGGGUAGUGGCAUGGGAGCUGCCGCCCUCGGCACCGACCGCAUGGAAGUGCAGGCCCGGAAAUUCUACUCCCAGCGGAACAUGUACCUCUGCGGCUUCACUCUCUUCCUCUCUCUCAUCCUCAACCGCACCUACAGCAUGAUCCUCGAGGUUCUCCGCCUGGAGGACCGCGUCAAGCUCCUCGAGGGUGACAAGAAGGCCGGCGGCAAGGACUCCGCCCGUCUUGCGCAGGCCGGAGAUGUCGGCGAGAUCGGCCGCCUGAAGGAAGAGCUCGCCGCUAAAGACCGCGACAUCGAGACCCUCAAGAAGCAGUGUGAGGGACUUACUCGGGAAUACCACUCUCUGGGUGACAAGGUCUCCGGCGAGAAGGAAGGCGCCAAGAAGGACCUAUAG